AAGGAAAAACAGCGAAAACAUGAACUGGACUUAGCGCAAGCUGGGCUGCAUGCACCAGCCAAUCCUAACAACCCUUCGCCAAUUAUGGUUCCACAUCACAGAAAAUUUCCCACCUACAAGGCAGUUGAUGACACCGAGGCCUUCUUGGAAAAUUUUGAAAGAGCCUGUCUUGGGUACAGCAUCCCUGAAGACCAGUACAUGGUAGAAUUGAGGCCACAGCUCAGUGGACCUUUAGCAGAGGUGGCAGCUGAAAUGCCUAAGCAGCAAAUGAACGACUAUAAACUUUUUCAAACCAAGGCCAGAUACAGAAUGGGGAUAACCCCGGAUCAUGCCCGUCGGCGUUUCAGAACCCAAAAGUGGAAACCAGAUGUGUCAUUUCCCAAACACGCCUACUAUGUUGGGAAAAAUUAUGAGGCCUGGAUAUCAGGACACAAUGUUAAAACCUUGGAAGAACUGCACCUCCUCAUACAAAUGGAGCAGUUCUUGGAUGGUGUUCCUGAGGACAUCACACGGUACAUACAAGAUGGAAAACCCAAAAAUCUCGCUGAGGCGGGGGAGAUUGGAGCCAGAUGGAUGGAAGUGGCAGAAAGCAAGAAAGCUACGGUCAAGGGGAACGAAUACCCCAGGGGGCACACCGACCAUAAACCCUACAACCGAAUACAGCCAAAGACCCCACAUACAACCCAAGUAAAGCCACAGACGCCCUAUUCUUCCACCUCACCGGUCUCCAGUAACUCACCUCGGCCCAGUGACCCAUCAGAUGGAAGAUGCUUUAAGUGUAAUGAACUGGGACAUAUCAAGGCCAACUGUCCAAAGAACGCCAUCCGAGUGCAAUUCAUUACACCACCAUCACACCAAAGAUCCCCAGGCCCAGAUGCCUCUCAAAUACCCUUGCAGCGAAGGGAAAAUUUGAGAGUGGGCGGAAAGAAGGUUACUGCGCGGAGAGACACGGGGGUACAAGUGUCAGCUAUCCACCAAUCCUUCGUAGACCCCAAAUUCAUCAACCCAAAGGCCAAAGUGACAAUUUACCCCUUCAUGUCACAAGCUGUAGACUUACCUACAGCUGAACUGCCUGUCCAGUACAAAGGCUGGUCAGGAAUGUAGACUUUUGCAGUCUAUGACAAUUAUCCUAUCCCCAUGCUACUGGGGGAAGACUUGGCCAACCAGGUGAAGCGGGCCAAGCGAGUGGGAAUGGUUACACGUAGCCAAACCAGGCAAGCUUCCAGACCCAUUCCUGUUCCUGAGCCAUCCACAGACGCCCCGUCUGUGUUACCAGAGACCCAGACAGAGGUAGUGGACCCGGAUUCCAUGCCAACCAUUGAAGCAGCCACAGCACCUCCAGUCCCAGGCCCGGAACUGGAACAGCAACCAGCACCAGCAAGUGCAACCACAUCUUCAAACUCAACGCCAGAGGGCGCCAGCGAGCCAGAACUGGCAGAAGCAACAGACAGCCAUACCCAAAAGGCUCAGCCAGAGCCUGAAAUACCCUCAGGUGCACCAGCGGAGAGCGGUUCACCAGCAACAGAAACAACCCCAUCACCUACAUCGCUUCCAGAGGGACCAAGCCCAAGUCCACAGUCUGAGGAAGAACUGGUGACCCCAGCCUCAAGGGAACAGUUCCAGACUGAGCAGGA